AAGGCAGCAUCAGUGGCAGAGAGGCACGGCAGCGGUUGGUCGGGUUUGAACUGUCAAGAAACUCCAACAAGUUUCCUCGGCGUUCAAACUCGCCUCCGUAAACUCAUUAUCUCCACUCUUAAUGCGAGUCUGUUGAAUGUUCUGAGGUCAGCAGAGAUAUGCUGGAUUUCCAGGGUGCAAUUAAAGAGCCAGGGACAGACAGAGACCCACGUUAUGUCAGCGCUGGACAGACCCGCGGCGGAGCUCACCGUCAUGGACGUGUACGACAUCGCGGCGGUGCUCGGCCAGGAGUUUGAGCGGGUCAUCGACAGGUUCGGGUGCGAGUGCCUGGUUGGGGUGGUGCCCCGAGUGGUGCGGCUUCUGGAGUUCCUGGAGGCACUCGUGGGCCGCGGAGCAGCCGGACAGGAGGCAGAGGAGCUGCGCAGGGAGCUGGACAGACUGCAGCGGGAGCGGAGCGACAGAUACGAGCAAGAGAAGAAGCACCAGAAGGAAUUGGAGCAGGUGGAGGAUGUGUGGAGGGGAGAAGUCCAGGACCUGCUGUCUCAAACUACCCAGCUUCAGGCAGAGAACAAGAGGCUGUUGGUGAGCCUCUCGCUGAAAGAGUCCCCCGUCACGGAGGAGGACCUACAGAAACACGAAGCACAAAUGUCGGAGAAAGAAAGCCAAGUGAUGCAGAAGCUAAAAGAUUUGGUGGAUAAACAGAGAGACGAAAUCCGUGCAAAAGACCACGAGCUAACGCUAAGAAACGGAGAUGUUGAAGCGCUCCAGCUGCAGCAGCAUCGGCUCAUCAGAAUCAACCAGGACCUCCUUCAUAGGGCCGGAGUGAUGGAGGCUCAGGGCAAGACGCUGAUCCAGCAGAGGGCUGAGCUGGAGGCCUCUGCCCAGGCACAGCAGCAGGAGUACGCAGCGCUGCAGCUGGAGGUCAGGAGGCUGACAAAGGAGCUCCAGGAGAAGGAACUAGAAAGAGAACUUCUGGAGAUAGAAUCCCCUCUGGGAACAAGAUCUGGGAACUCUUCACCAACAUCGGCGCCAAUGACGGCUGCAGAAACCAUUCUUUCUGACUCUGUCGAACCACGUUCUGUGUGGGUGGAGUGUGGAGGGGAUCCUGGCUUCAUUGCAAAGUGCCUCGAGUCUGACAAGAGCCUCUCACUUCUGUCAACAACAGCAAAUGGGAAGAAUGAGGGAGACCUUACUGAAGCAGAAAACGCUGCAGCACAUGUUCUGACACAGUCAACCCCUGCAGAGUCUGAGGAUGAGGCAGACAAACCUCGUUUCACCUUGCAGGAGUUGCAGGAUGUCCUGCAGGAGAAGAACAAACUCAAAGCCCAGGUGUUCGUGCUUCAGGAAGAGUUGGCUUAUUACAAAAGUGAGGACUUGGAAGAUGACACCAGUCCUAGUGUCUCUGCCACAAAAACCCCAUCGCAGCUAACUUCAGCUGAUCAGCCUGAAUCAGGAAUAAGACGACUGAUCUUCACUGCCAUUAUGCCAAUGGUGGCUGCCGGUUUAAUCGCAGAUGAUCCCACAUUGUUGCCAAUAAGAAGACUUGUUUCCUUUGUAUGACUUGUCUUAAAGGAAAUGUUCAUCUCGACACAAAGAACUGAUUUAACAGCAGAAAUGAUUCUAAACUAAUCCUAUGUUGUGUUCAUACUAGACAUGGGCCGGUUAGAAAAUCUUGUAUUGUAGUUAUAAUCAAGAACAAUCAGAAAUGUCAAAAAUAUUGUGAUUUCUUUUAUUUUAAAGAAAAAAGUAAUAAGUACUACUGUUGAUUUGCAGUGCGCAGUAACAGUUGGCAAAGGAGAGGAUUAAAUUUUUUAUGUUCUUUACCGCUGGACAAAACUCAAGCACUUUCACGACAUUUUAUUGAGGGAUUUCAUUCAGAAAUGAGGAAUGACACAAAAAAAAGUUCCGACAUUUGAAACCAUGAGUUUUUAAAAUCUCUGGAUGCCUUGAUGUCGAUAACCAGCCCCUGCCUAGUUCAUGCAUUUACAUCAAUGUGAAUUAACGGGUCUGUUUUUAUGUGCUUUACUUAUGGCCAGAUUGAAAAGAGCUUUAAAUGAAUCCAAAAAGCUUCAAUACAGAACAACUGUGGAGUUCUUUGAAAAUAAUGAGAAUUAAUGAAUUGGUUUUUUUUUUAAGCUUUGCAGUAUCAUUUGAAUCAUGCAGCAAACUGUGCCUUAACAAGUUACUUGGACAUUUCAAAAUGUGUAAAUGAAUCUAUGUGAAAGGUGUUUUUAAGCCACAGCCUUAAUGCUUUAUUAUCAAUGACUAUGCAACAAAUUUGCAGUGGAAAACAUCCUGUGUCUGCUGAGGAGUAAAUGUAAAAUGAUGUUGUAAUAAAAGUUUAUUUUUGCUA